AUGGCAGACACUAUGGAGCUUCUGGUCCUGGAGAACAUGGAGAUGCACGCAGACCUGCAUUCCAUCAGGGUAGCCAUGUCUGAGAUCCUGCAGUGGCAAUUCGAGAAUGAAACGGGGCAUCUCAAUAUCCCUCCAGGGCAUAUGGCACUGGUUUUGCCUUCAGAUAGAGAUGGGUUACUUCCAGAUCCAGAUGAAUCCUGGCCUGCAGGCCUUGGGUUCUACCUAGAAGUGAACGCCCCCAAGCCUGACCAAAGCAGCCUGGACGGAGUUCACAGAGGAGGUCAGCAACCUUGGGGCCAUCUGGCCAGCUUGGCUUCAGUACCACUAAAAGCUCCUCCGAAGGUGAAGAAGGAAGCUGUCCCUGCCAAGACUGAGGUUAAAUCCAAGGCCUUGAAAACAAAGAAGGCCAUUUUGAAGGGAGUUCAUAGUCACAGGCAGAAGAAAAUUAGAACGACAUCUACCUUCAGGAGACCAAAGAUACUGAGACUGAGAAGGCAACCCAAGUACCCUAGAAAGAAUGCCCCCAGGGGGAACAAAUUGGACCAUUAUGCUAUCAUUAAGUUCCCCCUGAUCACUGAGUCUGCUAUGAGGAAAUUUGAGGGCAACAAUACUUUGGUUUUCAUUGUUGCCAUCAAGGCCAAUAAACAUCAGAUAAAACAGGCUGUCAAGAAACUGUAUGAUAUUGAUGUAGCUAAAGUCAACACUCUUUUCAGGCCCGAUGGUGAGAAGAAAGCUUCUGUUUGUCUGGCCCCAGGCUAUGAUGCAUUGGAUGUUGCUAAUAAGAUUGGAAUCAUUUAA